AGUGCGUUGUUUUAUGGGGAAAGGGAAGCUCGACGCAUGCCUCCUGCCACAGUUUUGCUUAAGCUUCCUUUCCUUUGAUUCGUUUCGCCUCGAGGAGGGUACUAUCUCGAAGAAGCGGCGUUCCGUUCCGUUCGUACGCUCCGCUCGGCCGUUGUGUCAGUGUCGGGUCGCGCUUCUGAUCCACCGGUGAUCCGCUAGCCACGGGAUCGCUCGUCGAUCCACGGCUGGAUCAUCAAACGCCAACUUGUCAGCCCCGAAAUAUAUUCAGAAAAAUUUGACCAGGUGUGGUUGAAAGUCGAUUAAAGCUAUGGAUGAUGAGGUAAUCGGUGGUCAGCAAAACAACAAGAGGUCACCAAUGACUUUAAACGUUAGUGGACUAUGGGACGUGGUUCCUCGACUGGACCACUACAGAUUGAGUCGCCGAGCCAAGAGGCCAUCAUUGAGCACCCUUCACGAAGGAAAUCUUAUAAAGGUAAGAUUGCCACACCCCGUGGACAUCCCGACUCUCGUUUUAAUAUCGUCAAAUGCAUUCGAAAGCAUCCGGUUCAUGAGCAACCUUGGACCGGACUAUCGUUAUUCCGAGAACAACAACCAAACAUUUUUCUCCGUAUUCGCGAUCUUCUUCCCAUCUGUAACCGGAAUCCAAGCCGGUGCCAACAUUUCCGGUGACUUGAAAGAUCCGGCCAGCAGCAUACCCAUUGGAACCUUGUUGGCUCUUCUCAUUUCUAUGCUGAGUUACGUCACUUUCGUAUUCUUCGCUGGUGGUGCUGCUUUAAGGGAUGCCAGUGGUUUCGUCACUGCGAAUAACACGAUAGGCAGCUGCACCCCGAAUGUGGAUUGCAAUUACGGAUUGCACAACAGUUAUACGGUAAUGCAAUUGAUGUCAGUCUGGGGUCCAUUCAUUUAUGCCGGUUGCUUUGCGGCAACUUUGUCGACCGCGUUAACUAAUUUACUGUCAGUGCCGAGAUUAAUUCAAGCGCUAGGGCAAGACCGGAUCUAUCCUGGUUUAAUCUACUUCAGCAAAGGCUAUGGAAAGCAUGGUGAACCUUACCGUGGCUACGUUCUAACGUUCUUCGUCGCUGCUCUAUUCCUUUUGAUAGCGAAUUUAAACGCGGUUGCCCCAUUUAUUUCGAAUUUCUACCUGGCUUCGUACGCGUUGAUCAAUUUUUGCACCUUCCACGCGGCGCUCGUUCGACCCCUUGGAUGGAGACCCACUUUUAGAUAUUACAACACUUGGUUGUCAUUAUUUGGGUUCAUUACGUGCGUUGCCAUAAUGUUUCUCAUUGACUGGGUAACGUCGUUAGUAACAUUCGUAAUUAUUUUCGCGUUGUACUUAAUAGUGGUUUAUCGAAAACCGGAUGUCAAUUGGGGUAGCAGCACCCAAGCUCAAACUUAUAAAACCGCACUAUCUAUCGUUUAUCGGUCCAAUAUAUCCUUAAUUGGUAUGUAUUUGUUUAGGGAAAAACGACACGCGAUGGCCUCCGUCCCAGAACGUUUAGCAAUUUUCCAAAAGAAACAUAAAACUGGGACGAUCGACGUUUGGUGGCUGUACGACGAUGGAGGGUUGACGAUCCUUCUGCCGUACAUAAUCAGCACACGUUCCAACUGGGAACAUUGCAAGAUGAGGAUAUUCGCUCUGGCCAAUCACAAACAGGACAUCGGCGCUCAAGAGAAAGAAAUGGCUGAGAUAAUGGCCAAAUUCCGGAUACGGUAUACCAGUUUAAAAAUGGUAGACGAUAUCAGCGUUCAGCCUAAACAGGAAACGUUGGAUUACUUUGAUAAACUGAUAUCCAAUUUUCGAAAGAACGACUCGACCGAAGGAGAUUGUUGUGUGACGGAUCUCGAGCUCCAAUCCCUGAAAGAUAAGACUUACAGACAACUGAGACUACGAGAAUUACUGCUGGAGAACUCGAGCCAAUCCACACUGGUCGUUAUGUCAUUGCCAAUGCCAAGAAAGGGAGCGGUUUCUGCUCCUCUUUACAUGGCCUGGUUAGAAGCUUUGACAAAAGACAUGCCGCCGACGCUAUUAAUUAGAGGAAAUCACACGUCGGUAUUAACUUUUUACUCGUAGUUCACCGAGAACAUUUAACUAACUACAUUUUCAACCUUUUAAGUAAAGAAUCUAUUUCGUUACUUAAAAGAUAUUGACUUGAAUAAUAGUUA